AAAACAGAACUGAGAAUACGAUUGACCAAUAGCAGUAGCUUUCUGCAGACCCUGCGGGUUCGGCUAUGACGAUCGCCUGGUAUCUGGGGUUUGUCGAGAUGCACGAGAAUGCCAUGUGUUGAACGCUGAUGAGGGAUCCGAAGAAGCAGAAGAUGGGACAUCGAGGACUUGGAUUCACAUGUGCUCGAAGAUGUAGGAUGACUUGUCAAAAAUCCGCAGACCUCUACAUUGUGCAGCAGACUUGCAGUUCAACUCCAGAUCCACUUACUACGUUUGACACCCCUUGGUUUGCCUCCGGUCCCAUACAGCGUACUCCGUACUUCCUCUCCAGUCGUCAAGCAGUCACAUCUCUCACGUUCUCCCUCAAUAAUUCUCUCAUACACUUAUCCAUGCCAGCCUGAAUUCCACACCAGUCACACCUCCCAGACCCUG